AUGUUAGUAUCGGAGAAGAUGCAGCUGCAGCGUAAGUGCGCUGUCUAUCGUCUUGGAUGUGUCGAGUAUGAGACGGCGUGGGAGUGGCAGAAACAGCUUAUUCAAAAGCGUGUGCUGGCCAUGCGUGCUGGUCAAGUAAUUGAGCAAGAUGUGGUAUUAAUCCUUGAACAUCCAAGUGUGUAUACAAUAGGUCGAGGUGGUAGUAUGGAUAAUAUCCAAUUUGAUCCGGACAAAGAGCGUGUCAAGUUAGUGCGAGUCGAUCGAGGAGGCGAAGUGACGUACCAUGGACCUGGUCAAGUUGUAGUGUAUCCGAUCUUGGAUUUAACGCACCAUAAGAAAGAUCUGCACUGGUAUCUUCGUCAAGUUGAAGAGGUCGUCAUCCGGACGUUAGCCAAUUUUGACAUUCAGGGUGAACGUGUAGACGGACUCACGGGCGUUUGGGUCGAAGAACAAUCAAAGUCUCAUAAUACAGGACUCUGCAGGAGACAUUACGAGCGAGAUAUGCGCAAAAUUUGUGCCGUAGGUACGCAUGCUAGUCGCUGGGUGACUAUGCACGGCUUUGCACUUAAUGUAAAAACGGAUUUGCGUGAAUUCGACCGCAUCAUUCCUUGCGGUAUUCACGACCGCGCAGUUACGAGUAUGGAGCGAAUUUGUCCGGAUGCAACAAUCAAAGAUGUACAGGAUGCUGCUAUUGAGGCCAUCAGCGAGGUCUUCCACCUCAAUAUGGAAGAUAUCGAAACUAACUCGCCACUUUAG